AUGGCCGUGCCAGUAGAAUCUAGCCAAUCCAGUUGCAAUAAACCGCGGCGGCGGCGGCGGGGAGCGCUGGGGCGGACGCCGACGUGGAAGGAGCGGGAGAACAACAAGCACCGGGAGCGCCGGCGGAGGGCCAUCGCCGCCAAGAUCUUCACGGGCCUCCGCGCGCUCGGCACCUACAAGCUGCCCAAGCACUGCGACAACAACGAGGUGCUCAAGGCGCUCUGCCGCGAGGCGGGCUGGGUCGUCGAGGACGACGGCACCACCUACCGAAAGGGAUGCAAGCCGCCGCCGGGGAUGAUGAGCCCGUGCUCGUCCUCGCAGCUGCUGAGCGCGCCGUCGUCGAGCUUCCCGAGCCCGGUGCCGUCCUACCACGCCAGCCCGGCGUCAUCCAGCUUCCCGAGCCCGACGCGCCUCGACCACAGCAGCGGCAGCAACCACCACCACAACCCGGGCCCCGGCGCCGCCACCGCCACCGCCGCCGCAGCCGCGGCCGCCUCCUCCCUGCUCCCGUUCCUCCGGGGCCUGCCGAACCUGCCGCCGCUCCGCGUCUCCAGCAGCGCGCCCGUCACGCCGCCGCUCUCCUCGCCCACGGCGGCGUCGCGGCCGCCCACCAAGGUCCGCAAGCCCGACUGGGACAACACCGUCGCCGACCCGUUCCGCCACCCCUUCUUCGCGGUCUCCGCCCCCGCCAGCCCCACCCGCGUCCGCCGGAGCGAGCACCCGGACACCAUCCCCGAGUGCGACGAGUCCGACGUCUGCUCCACCGUCGACUCCGGCCGGUGGAUCAGCUUCCAGGUGGGCGCGGCGACCACGGCGCCCGCGUCGCCCACCUACAACCUCGUCAACCCGGCCGGGGGCGCGUCCGCCUCCAACUCCAUGGAGCGGGACGGGAUGGCGGCCGCGGACAUCGGCGGCAGGGGCGGCGGCCCCGCGGAGUUCGCGUUCGACAAGGGACGUGUCACGCCGUGGGAAGGCGAGCGGAUCCACGAGGUCGCCGCCGAGGAGCUCGAGCUCACGCUCGGCGUCGGCGCCAAGUGA